ACUAGCAUUCCUUGUUGGUAUAGCCAUCCAAUUGUGCUUUCAGCAACGCAGAAAAGAAAUAAAUUCCUUGCUGGUGCUUUCAGCAAUUCAACUGGGUUUCACACGGCGGAGCCUGCGGCGGUGUUCCGAGGGGGAGGGGCGCUCCAUGACGGGAGGAAAAUGGCAGCUGAGUUUGCAGAUCAAGCAGCAAAAGAGGAACUUGAAGCGGAGUUUUUACUUGGGCUCUGCUGAAAAGUGAUGAUCUAGGGGAAAACAUUGGUUGUAUCUGUCAGUUCCACGCCUUCAUCUGCAGGUGCUACACCUUUCAGACAAUUACAAUAGUCAACCUCAAUGGAUUCGAAGAAAUUCAUGCCCAAGUUGCUCGAUCUUUUGAAAAGAGCCAAGGCUGGGUUCAAAGAUCCUGUGGCAGUUGGAGACUUUGAAUCUAUUGAGAAGAAGCUUCACCUCAUGGAAGAAAUAGAUUUGCUACCCAAAGUGAAGCUCUUUGAUCAAACUCUGUCGAAGCAGUUUACCGACAUAGAACGACAACUUGGAAAGAUUAUCUUGGGAGCUGAAACCACUUACAGCAAAAACGAGGAAAUGUCCAAGGCCCUAGGUCUCGUGAAACGAAAUGUCGAUCAGAUAAUUGAGGACUCGAUGCCUUUAGGGAAGAAAAUACCUACCCAUGCACCCAUCCAAGAGUCACAGGUGCAUUGGUCUACAGUCGAUCAGUCAGGACUAGAUCAGAAGAUGUCACAAGAGUGGUCACAACUGGGCCUGGAGGAUAUAAUUUAUAAGACUCCUGCCGUGGCUAAUAUAAGGAGGACUUAUGAAGAUCUUGAAAGCAUGGAUUUGAAGUUGUGCUUCCUCUCUUUCUCAAUCUUCCCGGAUGGUUCCGUGAUGAAGAAGAGGCCUCUGAUUUACUGGUGGAUUGGCGAGGGCUUCAUCACGUCCACCCAACAGAAGACAGCAGAAGAGGUAGGAGAAGAUAUAUUUGAAAAACUUAUGAGAAAAGGCUUGAUUAAUCAAGCUGGCUCAAAUGCAUCCUCCUGUCCGUUUGUAAAAAGUUGUGUAUUGAACCCUUGGAUCCAUCGUAUGUUGAUCUCCUUGGCAAGCGAAGCUAGGCUGUUUCACUUUGAUUCAGGAUGGCAAAGAAUGCCAUCUUAUGAUACCUUAACCUGUAGGCGUGCAUGCUUAGUUUUUAAUAAUCAAAUUCGUCAGGGUGAUGAUGGCCCAAAGGUGGACGAUCUGUUGACUGUAUUCAAUGUCAAUGUGCAAUAUCUUGGUUUGAAAAAAGAAUGGCUUAAUAAGUUGAAGAAGGUUGGGGUUCUUCAGCUUGGGCGCUGGCAGGACUCGGCUACGCAUCAUAUUGAGGUGGAUGAUGAAGACUUCGUGAACCAAGAAGAUGUGGGAUUUUUAAAAGGUUUGGGGACUCAGAAUAAGCACUUGAAGUAUCUUAGCCUCAGAGGAAUAUCAAGAAUUACCCAACUCCCUUCUUCUAUCCUUAAUCUUAUAAGCCUUGAGAUUCUGGAUCUUCGAGCAUGUCACAACUUAGAGACAAUGCCUUUAGAUAUCUCCGCAUUAAGGAAGCUCACCCAUUUGGAUAUGUCGGAGUGCUACUUGCUUGAACGCAUGCCAAAAGGGCUUGACAAACUAUCUUCGCUCCAAGUUCUGAAAGGUUUUCUCCUAGGGCCUUUGAAAAAUACUCCCUGUAAACUUGGUGAUCUUGCCAAGUUGAAGAAUUUAAAGCGGCUCAGUAUACACAUGGGGAAUGAGUCUGAAGUUCAAAAGGGGGAACUCAACAAGUUGAAGGACAUUUCAUCUCUUUGCCGCCUUAAAAUAUCUUGGGGUUUGGUUUCUUCCUUGUUAAAAGACCAAAUUGCCAAUGAAUUCUCAUUUCCGCCGAAUUUGGAAAAAUUGGACCUCCAAGGUAUCCCCCUAGAACGCGUACCAAAAUGGCUGAACCCGAGACAACUGGGAAAUUUAAAGAAGCUGUACAUAAGGGGUGGAGAACUUUCCAGCUUAGAUCAUGGGACCGGUGCUAUGUGGAAGGUAGAAAUCUUGCGUCUCAAGUACUUGACGAAAUGGGACAUAGAUUGGCCAAAGUUGAAGGGGUCUUUUCCUCGUCUGCAGCACUGGGAUUUGGAGAAGUUCCACUGUCACGAGAUUAAAAAGGACGUAAGAUGAAGAAAUCGGUUUGGAGUGAAGCUGAAGGCUAGGAAGUAAUUUAACGAUACGAUCCUUCGCCCAAACUUAGCCUAGGAAGUAAUUUAACGAUACGAUCCAGUUCAUAAACAAUGUCUUUAGGCUAAGUUUGGGCGAAGGAUUUCCAAGUCCCCGAGGGAUUGAUGCCAAGUUAGCAAGGGGUGGAGCACAAAAUCUUAGAUAACAGAAGUUGGUGGUGUUAGCGUCGUCGUCGUGAAACCGUGAAAAUGAGAGGCCUUGGUGGUGGUGUUACCCUUUAAAUUCUUAAUCUAGCUUUGCACGUCUUAAUCGUUCAUAUAUGUAAUCUUAACGCUCAUAAUUAGUCAUGAAACUCUGACUAGUGCCGAUCAUGCAUGUUGGGUAAAGUUUCCAUGAAA